AUGAACGAAUUAGUUCUCAAAUUAUUAAUUCAAAUGCCAAGCGUCAUAGAGUGUGAUACAAUACUUGUCGAAAAAGCCAAACUACUUGCCAAUGGCUUGAGAAUUCCUGAGGGGGAAGCAGAGUCAGCAGAUGAAAUUAGAACCCAAUUGAUCAUUAGUAACUCGACGUCUUUCUGGGCACAAAAAGAUGUUGUUUACGAAAUUCCCGCAAAUGACCAAGUUAUUGAAAAACUUAUAAAAACUUUCAAGCUAGUCGAUUUAGCUUGUGAUGAUUCGGAAGAUGAUAACAGCAUUGAAAUCCCUUUAAUUAACAUCGAUACGGUGAUUACAAGCUUGGAGACUGUGUCUAUGUUUUUGCUUCAACAAGAUGAAGCAAAUGA